UUUUUUUCUAUCCUCCAAAUGAAUCAAUCGGUCGGGUGGUUCCGAACGCAAGCGCAGAAGCCAAGAAGGGCUAUCUGGUUUCUCGUCCAGUCACGAAUGCCCUUCAUUCAUCUGGAGAAUAAGGCCACGGAUAGGUUUCCGGUUAUCAACGGGUGGGCUCAUGUUGGGGUCAUGACCGGGUUGAGAUAAUCCUCCGCGACUUGGUUCUGGAUCGAACGUUGAGUUGAAAGGGUUCUCGCGAAACCGCCAAUCAACCCUCCGCCAGGCGUAAUCUAAAUCAGACGUGGCGAUUGGACGGGCGCCGGUCAUAGCACGCGAUGACCUGGUUAAGGUAGCUUUGGGGUUGCUGUGCUGCUUCUUGCUCGUCCUCCCCUCUCUCACCCCCCAUCCCGUCCCACGGCGAUGUAUUAAAAGCCCCCAUCUGCCUCCCAUUUCCCGUCUCCCCCUUUUCUUUUCUUUUUUCCCCUUGACACAAGUGUUCAUCCCGUCUGCGCGCAUCACUCCUCUUCGUCAUGAAUUCCUCCGACCCUGCGGAGACGCUCGAGGUCAGCAAAGCGACCGUCGCCGCCCACGAUGCCCCUUUGAGUGAAAAGAAGGCCCUGUCCAUCGAUAAGGAUUUGGCCAUCUCGCCAAGUAUCGAGGAAGUGCCGGCGACCAAGGUCGCGGGUGCGUCCAUGGAUGAUACUGAUCUGCAAAAGGCCUACCCGACCAACGAGGAACUGAGAACUCUGCGUCGAGUGUGUGGAGACAUCCCAUGGACCUCGUAUACGGUGGCGUUUGUCGAACUGUGCGAGCGAUUCUCCUACUAUGGAACGACGGCCGUUUUCGUCAACUUUAUCCAGCGUCCGAUGCCGGUCGGUUCCUCCACCGGUGCGACGUUUGAUAACUCCCGGGUACCAGGAGCGCUGAACAUGGGCCAACAGGCCUCCACUGGGUUGACCUUGUUCAAUUCGUUUUGGUCCUAUAUCAUGCCAAUGUUCGGUGCAUUUCUGGCCGACCAAUACUGGGGUCGGUUCCGUACCGUGAUGUACUCCAUCGCCGCCGCCUUGCUCGGACAUUUGAUCCUCGUCAUCUCCGCUAUUCCCGGUGUAAUCUCCCACCCCAAUGGUGCCAUUGCCUGCUUCUCGAUCGGUCUCAUCAUCAUGGGUGUGGGAACCGGUGGUUUCAAAUCGAACAUUUCCCCCUUGAUCGCAGAACAAUAUCGCGAGGAAAACCCCUACAUCAAAACUCUCUCCUCGGGAGAACGAGUGAUUGUGGAUCCCGCAAUCACCGUGCAACGCAUCUAUCUGUACUACUAUUUGACCGUCAAUAUUGGUUCCAUCACGGGUCAGGUGAGCAUGGUCUACGCGGAGCGAUACGUCGGGUUCUGGCUGUCAUUCUUCCUGCCGACGUGCUUGUUCUUAUGGUGCCCGACGGUCUUGUUCCUCUGCCGGAAUAAAUACUACCGGGUGAAACCGAACGGGUCCGUGUACGGGCAGGCAUUCCGACUCUGGAAACUGGCAAUGAAGGGGCGGUGGUCUUUGAAUCCGGCUCUGCUGUUCAAACGAAAUGACAAGCCGUUCUGGGAUUCGGUCAAGCCAAGUGCUUUGGGCCCUAACCGACCUCAGUGGAUGACCUUCGAUGACGAAUGGGUCGACGAAGUUGCUCGUGGCCUGAAGGCAUGCAAGGUGUUUUUGUGGUAUCCUCUAUUCUGGCUCGCCUACAACCAGAUGUUGAACAACCUGACAUCCCAAGCGGCCACCAUGCAUCUCGGUGGCGUUCCCAACGAUAUCAUCAACAAUCUCAACCCUCUCUCCUUGAUUAUCUGCAUUCCCAUCUUUGACCGCAUCAUUUACCCCGGGCUGCGCAAGAUGGGAUUCAACUUCACCCCCAUCAAGAGAAUUACGAUGGGUUUUGCAGUCGCCGGCUGCUCCAUGAUCGGCGCCACGGUGAUCCAACACUACAUCUACGUGAAAGGCCCCUGCGGUAAGGAGGCUAACAAGUGCUUGGACGAGUAUGGCAAAUAUUCGCCCAUCUCCGUCUGGACCCAGGCAGUGGUCUACAUCCUGGGUGGUAUAUCGGAGAUCUUCGCCUCCAUCACCUCCCUCGAGUAUGCGUUUACCAAGGCCCCCAAGAACAUGCGCUCGAUCGUGCAGGCCGUCGCGCUCUUUAUGAACGCCUUCUCCUCGGCCAUCGGUCAGGCCUUCGUCGGCCUGUCCAAGGAUCCCCUCCUGGUGUACAACUACAUGGUGGUGACGAUCCUGGCCUUUGUCGGUGCCAUUGGAUUCUGGUUGACCAACUACAAGCUGGAUAGGAGGGAAGACGAGCUCAACAACUUGCCACAGAGCAAAUAUGCGGAAUCGAGCGGCGUCAGUCUGGAUGAGGAGAAUGCACGGCGGUAAAUGAACGGACCCGUUUGUGUUUCUGGUGUGCCCAUAUACCCUGUUACGUGGAGAUGUAAUGUGAUGCUAGUUUAUGUAACUUACUCAAAUGCUUUCGGUGCCUUGACGCCUCUCAGCUAUGACUCGAUAUUCUACUAUAAGCCCUGCCUUGAGAAGGUCCUAGGAGGGAUUUCUGACCUGGACAUGGUCUCUUUCAUCCGCACGGUGAUAAUUGAGCUAUAACCCACAGGACGUGCUCCGGUUGUCAAGUUAUGAAGUUGUAGUUAAUAUAGUAUCGACAACGGCUCCUAAGAACCCCGCCCAAGAAAACAAAACCCAUCCGUAGUGUAUGUACCAUGCGACCUAUCUCUUCAGUAACCGAUACAGCAGCUCGAGUUUUGUACGCUCUUUCUUUCUUUGCCUUGAACAUAAUCUCCUAGAGGCAAGAUCCAAAAACAAUCUAGUGGAAGAGGCUUGAAAGAUCCCGAAGUCUAUUGUAGGGUAUAUCGAACUUAUG